AUGAUAAUAACAAUAAUAGUUAACGUGGGGGAUGACUGUCCGGCAUUUGACGGGCUGUUAGAAUAUUGUCAACGAGCUACAGGGGGGUCUCUUGCCGUGAAUUGGGCGGGUGGUUUACAUCACGCUAAAAAACAAGAGGCUAGUGGGUUUUGUUAUGUAAAUGAUAUUGUGAUCGCAAUAUUAGAAUUACUAAGAUAUCACUCACGAGUCCUUUAUAUCGAUAUUGACAUCCAUCACGGAGAUGGUGUCGAAGAGGCCUUCUACACGACUGACCGAGUUAUGACCUUAAGCUUUCAUAAUUUUGGCGAAUUUUUCCCGGGAACGGGAGAUAUAAAUGACAUUGGCUUCGGAAAAGGAAAAUAUUACGCGGUGAAUUUUCCUUUGAGAGAAGGUAUAGAUGACGAUAUGUACAUAAGAGUGUUUGAACCGGUUGUAACUCGGGUAAUCGAAUGGUAUCAACCCUCUGUAAUCGUUCUACAAUGUGGUGCAGAUUCAUUAAGUGGGGAUCGUUUGGGAUGUUUUAAUCUGUCGUCUCGAGUUUUAGGAGGUGGUGGAUAUACGAUAAGUAAUGUGUCGAGGUGUUGGGCAUAUGAAACAGGUGUAAUAGUUGGACAAGAAGUUGGGCCAGAAUUACCACAAGAUUGUUCAGAAUCAGAUGGUCGAGAUUAUUUUGGACCCAGCAGAUUAUUAGACGUUUUACCAAGUAAUAUGGAGAAUAGAAAUUCAUGGGAGAUGCAAAUAUUCGAAAAUUUACAAAGAUCAAGACAUACACCUAGUGUCCAAAUGCAAGGCAAAUAUCUUAUAUCAUUAUUACCGCGGAUACAAGACCAAAAUAUAGUGCCUGAUAAUGAAUAUGGCGAUAAUAGCGAUUACGAAGAUUAUGAUGAUUACGAAAGAUCUACAUAUAAAAUACCGACACCAGCUGGAUACGGACCAUCUAGAUAUGUACGAACACAUCGAUAUAAACUGACGGAGGGUAGAUCGGAGACAAAUAAUCAUAAUGAUCUCUACCACGAUAGUGACCUCAAUAACGACCUCAAUAACGAUACUAAUCAAUAUAAUGGCGGUACCACCAAUGGAACAAACGGAUCAUUUACCAACGGAACUAAUGGCACUAUCACAUCAUUAUCGGAUUACCGUCUCGAUGUGAAUGGAUUUCUUUCAACGGAUUCAUCAUCGUUAGAUGAUACAAUGUUAAAUGAUCAAAUUUCUUCUUCAUCAGACAGUUAUUUCGAUAGCCGUUAUGUACAACCAAAUUCUAAUGGCUGGUCAACGACAUAA